GGGCACUGGUUGUCAGCGAAAACAAAUGGUGGACAAAAAUGUGCCAUAAUUGAGAACAUUUCAGCUGUUCAAACGCUACAAUUAUGUUUUUCUCGUACAUAACUGGAAGACUAAUAAUUUAGAAAUGACUUUCCUUUAUGAAAAUGGUUGAUUGAUGCGUUAAAUAUAAUAAUUUUCGAACUGUGGUUAUAUAGUCAUAGAAUUAAUUUCUGAUAAAAAGGAAAUAAACUUAAUAUUUGAGGACAGUCAGCCAUAAUACAACUUUAUUUCAUUCUCCUGUUUACCACCUUUUCCCUAAAAAGUCUCAAGUUAUUAUUAUGUCUAUGCACACAAAGAAUUUUAAUAUGGAUUCAUUUAAAAAACCAGAACCCAACAAUUUUAAGUUGACAGAAUUUAGAAGAGACUUGCAUAAUCGACACAAAAGAGAAGUCCAUAUGAGAAAAGAACGAUUAAGGGCAGUUGAGACUAGGUUCCUUGCAAAACAAAUGAUUACUGUGGACACAUCAAGAGCAAGGUCGAAUUGUGAUGUGGUCAGAAUGUGUAUCAAGGAACUUGGGUUGAAAGAGUUCCCUUUUGGUAGAAAAGAGCAUUGUGAUAUACAUUGGCAUGCUGUUAGCUAUGAAGAAAAUCCAGACCUAUAUGGGGGAAAAGUUAAUAAAUUUCCAGGUAUGACAGAUAUCUGUAGCAAGAUGAUGUUGUUUAGAAGUUUAGACCAGAUGAGAGAACUGUUUCCAUCAGACUAUGAUUUUUAUCCUAGAACAUGGUAUAUGCCUACACAGUUUCAUGAAUUCUCUUGUGAAGUAAGAAAAUUGACAGAAAAAAGAGUGAAACCUAGACCAACAUACAUUGUCAAACCAGAUUCAGGUGCUCAGGGAGAUGGUAUUUAUCUAAUCAGGGAUCCAGUAGAUUAUACACCAUCACCAAAUGGAAAGUGCCAUGUUGUACAGGAAUAUCUAAGUCAUGUCUAUUUGAUAGACAGGUAUAAAUUUGAUUUGCGAGUAUAUGUUGUGUUAAAAAGUAUAGAACCUUUAGAUAUACACAUCUGCAAAGAUGGUCUUGCCAGGUUUUCAACUCUUCCAUACGAAACUCCCACAUACAAAAAUUUGCAUGAAUCAUUUAUGCAUUUGACAAAUUACUCAUUGAAUAAAAGAAGUACCACAUUCAAUAGAUCAGAGCGAAGUGAUGAAGGAAGUAAAAGAACUAUAAGCAGUGUCUUACGCAAAAUCAAUCUGAAUGGCAAGGAUGGUGAUCAAGUAUGGAAGACCAUAGAAAGAAUAGUCUGUAAAACAGUUAUUGCUAUGUUGCCUACAAUGAGGAUUGAGUAUCAAGCUAAUAUACCCUCUGGAAAGACAAAACUCUCUUGUUUUCAGAUUCUUGGUUUUGACAUAAUAUUGAUGGACGACCUGAAGCCUAUGUUAUUAGAAGUUAAUUCUGGACCAAGUCUAAGUAUUGAAUGUGAGCAGGAAGUGGCUCCUGGAAUAGUUGAGUAUGUUGCAAGUCCUACAGAUGAGGAAAUCAAGAGACCUUUGGUCAGAGAUACUAUGAUGUUGGUUGUACCAAAAGAAAAGCUCAAAUAUUGUCGAAGACGAAAAAGGAGAUUAAAAAGACUGCAGCAGGAACAAAGGGAGUCUUGUCGAAGUGGGAAACGUCCAAGGUUUAAAUCUGAACCUCUUCAAAGGCAGAGAACUCACAUUCUGAUUAUAAAUGCUGAUGAACCUGAUGAAUCAAAAAGAGAAAUUGAUGUCACAAAACAAAUGUCUGAGAUGCAUCUGGAUCACUACAAAGAUUCCAGAGACCAGGAAUCAGCAACAUCUAGAGAUGCUGCCAAAGAUCUAAGUGAGGUUGACAUGCCUAAAAUGGAGUUGGAUUCUGAGAUGUCAGAGUCACAUGACGAUGACACAAUCCAUGAAGAAGAUUCACAUGAAGAUGAUCAUGACCAUGACAGUCCAACAUCCCGCAGAGAAUCUUGUUUGAAACAUAUUUAUCCUGCCAUAUAUGAUGAUGAGUUUGAGAGGUUGAGAUUGUUAGAAAGAGUAGCUGAGUUAUUCAGAUUUUGUUUAGGAGUAAGAGGGUCACUUAGGAUAGGACCAACAGGUUUCAGAACAUUUGCCAGGAAAUGUAGACUGAAUAGAAGAGGAAUGACCAAUGCUGCCAUAGAUAUAAUGUACAUAGAUAUGCAGAGAAAAUUUGAUCAUAUGAAUCCUGAGAGAACUUCUGAAAAUAAGCCAAAGAAGACAGUAGGUCUCUGUUUCCAGGGAUUUUUAUCUUCAUGUUUAGAAAUUGCUAGAAGAAAGUUUUAUGCUCCCACAAAACUUGAAAUGUUGGAAAAUUUAUUGGAAUAUUGUGAAGUAAACAUUUGCCAAAGAGAUGAUGAUAUGCCACCAACAUUGCCAAGGUUGCAAUACCGACCAAAACAAAGCUCAUCAUCAUAUGGCCAAUCAUCAACAUUUCGUAGAAAGAUGACACGUGAUAUAAGAGAAGAGACCAUAGAAGACCUUUUGGAUAAAACACAAAAGAAUUCUGAAAUAGAAGCAUUUCUUCGUCAAGGAAGAAGAAUGAAUUAUGUUCCAAAACCUGUGCUUGAUCAACCUACUUUUAUGUCAUUCAAUUCUGAAUAGAAGAAAUAAGAUGUUCAUGAAAAGCAUGUAUGCAAGGUCCAUUUUUUAAAGAAAAAUAUUAUUAAUUUCAAAUUGUUUUGCUACCUGUAUUAGUUCUUUUUUAAACCCCUUAAGCAACCACAUAAUUCUAGACGGAACAUAUCCAUUUGGACAUCAGUGUGUUCAUUGGUUCAUCUGUCAAGAUUGAAGUACUAGUAUAACACACCAUAGGGGAAUGAAAUUUUGUCAAUGCAUAAUCCUUUGGAAAGUAAUAAAGAUCCAUACAAAACGGUGGUUAAACAGUCAUAUAUUUCAUGCACCAACUAUCAAUACUGACUUGUGACUUUCAUAGUUUUGUGAAGUUAAUUGAGAAUAACUUACCUAUCUAACUCAUAUUAGAGUAAAAUAAAAUAUGCAUAUCUAGUCUUGUAAUGUUUCUUUUAAGUGAAGUAAUAUUAUAUUUGAUUAGCAACAUUGUAAUAGUUUAUAUUUACUCAAUAUAUUUAACUUUUUGUUAACUUCUGAAACUUUCAGUUAUUCAGAUAUAUGAUAUCCACUUGAAUAUGAUUUCAUUGUACACAAGAAGUGAGAAUGUUUCUUAAUCUGAAUCAAUUCAGUUGUAGUUAUAAGUAAUAGACAUUAAAAUAAAUUGUUUUUCAUCCAAACUCUGUAAAUAUGACUAAAAAUUAAAUGCAUGUUUGCUAAAGCCACCCCCUCCCCCUGUUGAACUUUUAAGAUGCAGAUAUAAAAUAAAAAAUAGUAAAUACUCUAAGCAGAAGUAAAUAUUUAUAUAAAGUUGUUUGCAAUCCUACCACAUCUCUUUAUUUGUAUAUAUUCCAUACUACAAUAAACUCACCAUAGACACCAGAAUUAAAUAUUAUAUUUGGAAUUUUAUUUGAUUAAUAUUUAUUGGAGUAUUUCUUACACACAACAUAUUAAUAUGUUGUAUGAAAAGAUUUUGUAUAAUGAUAAUCUGCAAUUUGAAAUAUUUCAAUUCUAAUUCACAUAAUUUCUCAUUUUAUUACUGCCAUUUGCCUUUUUCACAAUACCAAUGUGCUAGACAUUUGUUUUAUUCAACAAUUCAUUUCUGCUUUGUUUUCCAGGUUAUUGAGAAAUUAUAUUUCGAAUAUAUUUAUACAGUAAUUACUGAAUUUAAUGAUAUCAAAAGGUGAUAAGAGCAAAUUCUAUAUCUAAUUGUGAUGUUAAGCACAAUCAAGAUUAUCUCCCUUUUAUCAUGUAUUCAACAUUUUUCACAAAAUUUUCACUCACAUAACAAAUAAAAAAAGCUAUCUUUUCAGGACGCAUUCAGAUAGUUUAAUAACCAUUGAGACGUUGUUAAGAACAAAUUACUUAUAAUAAAUAAACUGUCAUUAUAAUGGAAGUUUUCAAGUCGAAAUUUUAUAAAAUAGUGUCCCUAUGCCUAGUUCUAUUAUUCAAACCUUUUCCCGAAAAAAGAAAGUUAAUUAGUGUGAUAGUAAGAAUAUUUUAAUUGCGCUGCCUUCUCUUAACAUUCACUUCAUCAAAGUUCUAAAAAAAUUCAGUAGUUAAUUAGUUUGAUGACCUAAAUUUUAAUUUGCAACUUGAAAAAAUAUUUUGUCCAAAUGAUAUUGUGAUAGGGUAAAGGGUAUAAGCACUGUAAAAAGUUAUAAAAACGUAUUGCAGUACUAAUGAAAUGAAGUUGUUUAAUCUGGCAGUAUAAGAAUGAUUGUAAAAUAAUUGAUGCAUCAGUAUUUUUAGUUCUAGUUUGAGUAAUGUUACACAUGUGCAUGUUACUUUAGAAAAUAACUGUGUACUGGUAUAUGUGUACAAACACACUCCACUUUAUUACCAUAUUGCAAAUUCAAGAAUUUUUUAUUCCAAGUUAUAAUCUAGCAGAAAAUAGUUAAUCAACACUUAUCAGUAAAGCAAGGACUAUAUUUUUUAAAAUAUUUCAAGUCUUUAUCUGACGAAAGCCUGAUAUGUCCUCCGUUAUAUAUUUGAUAUAUGGUUGUGGUUACUAGGUGGUACACAAACAAAUAUUGUAGAGCAAUGAAAAGAAAAUUUACAUUUCCUUAAAUGAGGAAUAUAAUUCUCCUUACCAUUUGUUACUUAGGAGGACUAAAAAAUAAUUAUAUUAACCCUCAAAGCAUAUUAGUUACUGGUAGGCAAGGACUAAAACUUCUUAAUUAUGAAUUAUUUGAGGAAUUAUGUGUGACGAAGAAGACACAAGUCUGUGCAAUACAAUAAAUCAAAAAUUUAUGACGAUGAUUUUGUCAGUGACAUAUUGCUCAGUAGACUAUUUUAUUGAAAGAUAAAACUUAUGAUAUUUUUCAACUAAAAUUAUAUUUAUAUUUUUUACUUAAACAAUUUUAUAUGAUCUUAUGCAGUAUUCAAAGCAUAAUAACACUUUUCCUUUAGAGGGAAAUAUGUUGUGGUAUUAGACAAAUACAUUGAUGCCUAUGUAGAAAUUAACAAGAUUAAUGUUUUGAUGAAGAGAGUACAUUCAGACUCAGCCUCAAUAUACAAAAUAUAUUUAAAUUGUGUAUUUUUACAUAGUUUAAAUUUUAACUUAGACUUCAAGCAUUUGAAACUUAAAAAAUGCUGUUAUAGAUUAUGAUUCAUUUACAGAAGCUGUGUAUUUGCACACGAGAAUGAUGAAUUAUGUCUUUUAUCUAAAAAAAAAACAACAAACAUUAUAUCCUUUUGACCCAUUUUCUAUAUUGAUCUAUUUUAAUACAUGUAGUAUAGAAUUAAGAGGUAUGAUUUUUGCCCACGAUUGCUUUUAAUUAAUAGUUUACUUUAUAUUCUUUAUGGCUCACAUAUACUUUUAUGGCUGUGAUUAAAGUACCCUUGUUGCACAUGUGUAUUUUUUGUUAUGUUUUCAUUUUGAAGAGCAAAUAACUUGUAUGUUAAGAUUCAUUUAUUUUCGGAGGGGAUAUUGCUUGUUUUGUUAUUUAUUAAAAGUGUAUUUGCAUGGUUUUCAAUGCUAUAUUAUUAUUAUGUGUUGAACAAUAAAAAUAUCCUAUUUAC